AUGCAUUUCCAUCGUCAUCUCAAUCAUGCUGAUGAUUCCGGUAUGUUGGGUUUCAUUGCUCAUACUUAUCCUGAUGAAAGAUUUCACUAUUUUGAAUGCAAUGAAAACCAUGAUGCGUUAACCUCCCCAUUUAAUAAGAGUACGAGCUUUGCAGGUUCUUCUAAUGGGUUGAUCUGUCUUGAAGGUCUUGAAUCCGAUUGUUGUAUUUGUAUUUGUAACCCUAUUACCAGGGAAUAUGUUAUGCUUCCAAAACCCAAGGAAAAGACUUAUGUGGCCGGAUUUGGUUAUGUUUCUUCAACUGGAGAGUACAAAGUGUUAGGACUACAUCAUGAGUUCAACAAACAAGGAAGAGAUGAGUCAGAGUUUGCAGAAGUCUACGUUUACACUCUAGGAUCUGGAAAAGGAUGGAGAAACCUUGGAAAUUUUAUUUCUCAAUUGUCCUUUCUCCAUAUUUCGGAUGGACCUGGUAUCUUUGCCAAUGAAGCACUUUAUUGGCUGGAUUGUGAAUUAGAAUAUAUCCUUACCUUGGAUUUGGCUGAGGAGAAGUUUUGUGAUCAUCUUUCACUACCUAGUUUACCACAAGACGGUGAUUGGUGUCACUAUGGAAUGGGGUUUUGUAUUUUGCUCGUGGUCUACGUAUCAAUCGUGGCAGACUUCAGCGUCUUUGGCUAUUAA